AUCUUCCCUUUGAUGGGUGCCAAUGGCAUCAUGCAGCCUGGACAGCCUCUCUCCCAUGACACUGUGCAAAAGUGGAUUGACGAGGCAACGACAGGUGCUGGCAUCCUAGGCUGUUUUUCGACUCACUGCUUCCGCCGUGGAGGUGCCCAGUAUUGGUUUAUGUUCGCACCGGUUGGUCAGCGGUGGUCACUUGCCAUGGUUCGAUGGUGGGGAGGAUGGGCUGAUGGUGAACAGCGAAACACGCUCAUUCGUUACCUUCUCGACGAACUACACACCUAUGAGACCGACUACAGUGAUGCCCUCGCUCCUUUCUCCCGCGAAGCUGAAUCCUCCCUUGCAGGCGAGCAGGCACUCAUGAGGCCAGCAUCCACUGAGGAGCUGCGCAUGGUUCAUGCAUCCGUGACCGCAGAUGUCAAUCGUUUGCGAGUUGACGUCAGUGCAGUCAACGACUCGCUUCGGUCACUCACCAGCAUGGUCCAGGCCACUUCAAGUUGCCUGAAGGCUGCUGGACACCUACCUCCAACACAGCUCGAAGAAGAUCCCCGCUUCACCCUUCUCCGAGUCUCCGCAUCUGGCAGUGCAGAGUCUCCUCAGAUUUCAACUCCUCGGCAUGUCCAUCCACCACCAACACACUCCCGUCCUCUCAACGGUCUUGUCAUUCCACGGCUGCCACUCGUCCGUUCGAACGGGUUGAAGACUCCGAAGGCCGAGUCCUGGAGGGACAUCAUCACGCACUGGCUCGUCGGUGACCCCGACAGAGGGUUGAAGACGCCACUCAAGGACUGGCCGCAGGAGUGGUACCAAGGCCCGAACCGGAAGCUCGCAAUGCAGUACCAGAACAGGGCCGUUGUUGCGCGCGAGUUCAUCAACCAGUGAUUACCAGUCAACGAAGCCCUCUUCCUUGCAGCCUACCCAGAAGCCGAGCGGGGACACACCCCACUGCUUGCAGCCGUCAACAAGGCACGGGCUGCACGAGGAGAGCGUGUCCGUCGCAAAAUGACACGAGGACUCUCACUUCGGAACCAUACCACUACUGCCGCCCACUCGAACGCUCGUAACUUGUAAGUACUAUA